UUAGACCCAAAGGAAAAUUUCCAAAACUAUAAAUUGAUCAAUUCAUCAAAGACAAAAUAGAGGCCUAGUCCAGGACGCUAUGAGUCGGUCCGUGGAGCCACUGAUCGUGGGCGGAGUGAUCGGAGACGUGCUCGACAUGUUCACUCCUGCGACAGAGUUCACUGUCCAUUACGGCACCAAGCAGGUCACUAAUGGCUGUGACAUCAAGCCAUCUGCUGCUGCUGAUAAACCUCAUCUCCAAAUUCUUGGUCCUCCCCUCUCUUCCAGUUUAUAUACUCUCGUUAUGGUUGAUCCUGAUGCUCCAAAUCCAAGUGAACCAAGACUGAGGGAGUUGCUCCACUGGAUUGUUGUAGAUAUUCCUCAUGGACAUGAUGCUACCAAAGGAAGAGAGUUGGUGGCUUACAUGGGACCCCGCCCAACUAUAGGAAUUCACCGGUAUAUUUUGGCACUCUUUAAGCAGGAAGGAGCAAUGGGGGGAGGGAGUCAACUUCCGGAUGGCCGUGCCAACUUCAGUACUCGCCAAUUUGCUGCUCAAAACAGGCUGGGGCUUCCAGUUGCUGCAGUGUAUUUCAAUUCACAGAAGGAACCAGCAAUGAAGAAGCGCUAGCUGAUACUUAAAGAGUUCAAUAUUUGGUAGAUUUUGUGAUACAAACAUUCAAUACAAGGAUAUAGAAUAGAUUGAUAGGGUGAUGGAGAUGCAUGGAUGUUUGUUGUCUGUCUGUCUGUCUGGCUGGCUGUCUGUGUAUAUAAUUUUCAUUAAUUUUGUCUGAAUUUCAUCGAAGGUCAGAACACUGAAUCAUGAAGUAGAGAAAUUGUUGGAUUGGAUGUGUGUAAGAUAAGCCAAUGUUUCUAUGUAGGGCAAAACCUUAACCAACGACUUGAACUGAAACAAGUUAAGUUUGAACUUGACACCACAAAUUGGUUAAGAUUAUAUUUAUUUUUGAAUUUUACUCAUUAAAAUUAAAAAUUCAA